CAUCACGUCACGUACGACAAGCUGGCAACAUCACCUCAUCAUAGCUACCGCACCUAUCCACCACAGCGGGUAUAAACCAUCUACAGAUUAAUUGCAGAACAACGACGGUCACAACCACAACUACUAUACAACCGCCACCGAAACCGCAAAAAUGCUCCCCUUCCAGCGCUAUGUCAGCCACCUGAGCAAAGUCAUCUCUCCGCCCGCGGACACCGAGCUGUUCUCUGGGCUCCCCCGGGUGUCCGCGGCAGCGGAAUACGAGACCUCAACAGAAAAGCGUGACCGCACCCUCAAACACACGCUCAAGGCAAAUCAUCACAACUACUCGAUUCUCUACGGUCCUCUGCCGUACCACAACCACCUUCCGCACGUCCUGGGCACCGCAUACCUCAUGGGCGCGGAGGCGCCAUACCUGCAGGAACUGUACGAUGAAGUCGGGAGGGAGCUGAGUCCUUGGAUCGACUCGCCGCAUGAAAUUGCGAAGGACGAGUGGAGGGAGUGGUUGGGCGACAAGAGCUGUCAGAGGGCGUAUCUCGACUUCUUCGAGGACGAGAUGGUCACGAGAGGGUAUGACUGGAAGGAUGUGGUCGACGAGUUCAUGUUCCGCGGGAAGGGCCCGCUGCUCUAUGGAGCGAUUGGAGGGCUGGGACAUCCCCUGAUCCACCUGGGAUACGCAUACGAGCUCAACAGCUGCGAGCUAGCGAUGGAAGCACUCUCGCUCGCCGCCACCUGCUACGACCUCAACAUCUAUGUCGACCCGGGACUUGCGCCGCCGCUCCCACCGCCCAGCGCCUCCACGCCUGCCCCCUCCUCCUCCCCGCUCACGCUUCUCAACCACCUACGCACCGAUCCGCGCUUCACCCAGUCCCCCUUCUCACACCCAGGCGAGAGCAACAUCGCGCCCCUCCUCUCCUCACCCACGCUUUCCCCGGCGCUGCGCGAAUACCAAUCCGCGCUCCUCAUCACCACGACCUCCAUCCCCGUGAUCCUCGCGGACCUAACCAAGACGGCCGCGCAGCUCCUCAUUUCGUCAGCGGAUGUCGGCGGCGAAGAAGGGAAGUACGACUUCUUCCUUGCGCACCUCUUGACGACCGCGUGGGCCGCAAGAACGGUCAUCACAGAGGUGCCCGUGGGAAUGGCCGAAACCCUGGUGAGAGCACAUUGGCUGUUUGUGUGCAUCGUCUUUGUGGCGCAGCAGCGGCCACAGAUCAAGCCGCUGGUGCCUGGCGACAAGGGGAAGGAGUGGGACGAGCUGUACAAAUUGGCGCUGGCGCAUAAGGGUGGGAGGGGAGAGGGGGAUGAGACGGCGGAUACGCAUUAUCUAAAGGUGGUGCGAACGCUGCGGGAAUCCGCAAAGCUGUGGGGUGACGCGGAUGGGUUUUACAUCAACGCGGCGAACCAGUUUGCGCACGGGUUUGCUGGCUGGGGUGGGUUUGGUCCCGGAGAGGGGAUGUAGGUACAUAGCUGAUUAGGUACUGUACAUACAAUGAGUGUAUUGUACA